ACUGUACUACACUACUGACACGUUGUACAUUACGUUGUACGUGUACAAAUGCUCGGCAUAUACAGCACGCGCAAUAUACAGCAGACUUGAGAUUUUUGGGCUUAGGCCUAAGUGAUUUCGUACUCUGUUCCCCAUAGUGCUGUGAAUGAUGAGCUACGAUUAGGAAAUUGGUUGUUAACGAGACUUUGGUUUAAGUUACUGAAUAUUUAUUAUUACAUUGCAGCUUGAAAUUCUUCUGGAUUUGAUUAAAAAUGGGGGGUUUCUUUAGUAGCAUAUUUUCCAGCCUCUUUGGCUCCAAAGAAAUGAGAAUUCUGAUCCUUGGGCUAGAUGGUGCUGGCAAAACCACAAUACUCUACCGCCUUCACGUCGGGGAAGUUGUAACGACGAUACCAACGAUCGGUUUCAAUGUAGAGACUGUAAAGUACGGCAACUUGAAAUUUCAAGUGUGGGACCUCGGAGGCCAAACGUCUAUCAGACCAUAUUGGAGAUGUUACUACUCAAACACAGACGCCAUCAUUUAUGUGGUAGAUAGCUCUGACAAAGACAGAAUGGGCAUCUCCAAGUCGGAACUGGUUGCCAUGUUAGAAGAAGAAGAACUCAAGAAUGCCUUGCUGCUUGUCAUGGCCAACAAGCAGGACAUAGAGGGCGCCCUCACAGACACGCAGGUGGCCAGCGAACUGGGCCUGGCGGCACUCAGGAAUCGCAAGUACCAAAUCUUUAAGACGUCCGCCCUCAAGGGAGAUGGGCUGGAGGAAGCAAUGCAAUGGCUCGUCAAUGAACUCAAGACAUCACCGUAGCCUUUGAACACUUGUACAUAUUUGCCACUCAUUUUUCAUUGAUGUGCCCAUGGAAACGUUGACCCCAUUGUCUAGAGGAGCGCGAUACGUCCUGCUAAAAUACCUGAACAAACCAGUAAACAGUGGAAUCAUGGGUCAACAACAUAUUGAAAGAAGCCAUGCUGCAGUGGUGACUGGAUGAUAGAGAUUGGAUCUACAAAUUAGAAAUUUUAUUGUUUUCUGCUAGAAAUGUUUGCCGGAAUCCUGACUCACCCACAUCCUAUGAAAUUCACCAUGGAAGCUUCAUUGGGUUUUGUUAGAUCUGGGAAGGCAGAGCCCAGCCACUGUUACUUUACUUGGGGCUUCUUACCUCUUGAAAGUUGAAGUAGAACGAAUGUGCGAAUUGGUUUCCUGCUCAGUAGAGGAUUUUGCACGAUUUCAGAAUGAGGAAUGUCCCCAACCAAAAACAUAAAACCUGUCGGUGUUACAAUGGGAAACUUGGCACAGGUGGUAGGAGACAUACCAGUCCUUUUUAAGGUAUUGCACAUGCUCAGAACUAUCCACGCGUGCCCAGAACAACAUGAGCGUGUUCGGAUUUGGUAAAAAGGACCAGGAUGUUUGUUGCUACCAAGCAUCUCAAGGUCUCCCAUUGAGGCCUCUUGACCAAAUUUGCGGGUUUUUUCCCCCACAUGACUAAUUGAGAUUCAUUUUAUAGUACUUUCUUGCCCACUUCGUCAAUGUGAUAAUUUUAUUGUUCAGAAUACGUUGAUUUUUCCUAAUCUAGCCACUCAUUAAGAAUUAUUGCUCAAAAACACUGAUAUUUAAUCCUAACAGUCCUCAAUCCUUCACCUGUUGGAGGACUGAAGACUGUUAGGGUUAACAUUAUCAUUGAAAAUCCUUGCGUUGUACUUGUUCAAAUGUGCUUGGACUGAUGUGAGCAAUACUUGAGAGAUGGCCAGUCUGACAUUCAGUUAACACAUGACAAUUUGAUUGGAAUUAUAAGACAGGAAGCCUAAAAUUUCAAUUAAAGACCAUUUUGACACCACUUUCUAGCAUGUGCUGCAUUUAUUGAGAUCCAAAUUAGUGUCUUGGCUUCUAAGAGUGAAUGCGGGUGCCCACCAACUGUACCUGCAGGAGCCAAAAUAAAUACCCGACUAAGUCGACAAUUGCCUUGACACCUCGUCACAAAGAUGAGUAUCGUGCUCUUCUUUUCAUUUUAAUGUGUCUGGUAAACCCCAGUAGCUAAAGAGAUUGCCAUCAACACCACAGAAAAACAAAUGAAAAGAAAUCAGAAGCCUUGAAAAUAAUGUUAAUGCCUUUAUGGAGUGGCUAGCGAGAUGUAAUUUUUGUGAGGUUCUCAUUUCUCUUUUAAAUGUAUUUUGGGAAAGAUGGAAAUCGAAAAUUAAUGGUUUAUCUCCUUUGCUUUAUACCAGGAAUUUAAUGCAUUUUACUCGUACCAUUUAUUAUUUGUGGUUUCCAGGGGGUAGAUUUAAGAGGAGGAGCUUUGGUUUCUCCCGCCCACUUUUAUGACUGUUUGGAUACAUAUUAUGACGUGAAAGUUGUUGGUUUAGAGACGCGUUUUCCUGCUGUAUGUGUCCACCCAUUUUUUAUAGAUUUAAAUUACCACACUGGAUCCAACCCAAUAUGUAUCCCUCCGCCAAAUAUGAGUGGUGUGACUCGAAUGGGAAGGCAUGGUUAUUUAUCUUGGGCUUUUAUCAUUUAAACGCCUAGGUAAUCAAUGCCGUGAUGCGUAUAGAAGUUUCCCAGUGUCCAACUCUUCUAGAGCCAGUUGAAAUUGUUAAGUAGCCUUAUUGGUGAUUAAUUUAUGUACAUGUAUUAAACGUAUAGUUUGACCUCAUAAAUUUACAAUAAUGAGACAUCGCUUUGUAUACAUGUAGUUCUAGCAUGGGUUGUGUUACGUCGAUUGCUUUAUUUCUUUGGGAGAGAACGAUUGAUGGAGUAGCCCGCGCUCUGUCGGCAAAACUGGUAACCUUAGCGAGUCGGAGCCUUUAACUUGAGACCCCAUCGGUCACUCCCCACACCAUACAGUAGACCCUUUUCGCCAGUGAAGUCAGUCACGUGACAUAGAGUGGGUAUCAUUCGGCAGUACUGUGCUAGCUGGGACUGCCUCUUGUACCUUAAACCAAGACAGUGGGCCAAGCUACAUCGAACACCACGUGGCCUGUUGCAAGCGUGCAUGUACAUUGUACAUGUAGGCGUUCUGCCGAUGACGUCAUCCAACCAACCAAAAUUUUUUGUGGAUGAGCAUUGAAUUUAAGUAUGAUGUUUUUGAAAUACUGCACGUGAACUAAAUGUUUUCUGUUUCUUUUAACCUUUAAACAUGCCGAGUUUGGGUGUAGUGCUCAGUACCACAGCAGAUCAGUAUGGUACUUUACAACCGUCAGCUUGUUUUUGAUAAAUGACACUCCAUAUGACAGACUUUGCUGUGUGAGAACGCUGUGUCGAUGUUUGAUACACACUCCAGGUCACGUGACAAGCGUGUGCAAUCGAUCUAUUCAUCGAUUGUGUUGGCUUCAAUACUGCUAACGUAUGGCACCGUCCGCGGGCUGUAUGUACAUUGCGCAUUCGCUCGAGAUAAACCACUGUCUACCAGUUCUCUUGAAACCAUGCCAGGUGUGCCACACACAAAAACAAUACUUCGAGACGUUCCAUUUUACGGACAUCGUAAAUUUUGCCCUCCAGUGGUACAUGUAUCUUGGCCAAUAGCACGCUGUAAAAAGUCGAAUUUUGCAGGGAAAAUGUCGAGAUACUCACGAAGUGCUUAUACCUAAUGGUUACCCUUUUCAGACCAGUUUUAUAGGGUUUAUGUACUGAAUGUCAAGUGGUGUCCGUGUAUAGAACAUGUUUGUUCAGUUGUCCAACAUUGCUUUCCUUGUGCUGUCUUUUAAUAUUUGUUACACCAAUAAUUUAAAGUGUUUUGUAACCACAACGGCCGUCACUUUGGAAAUAAAAACAGUUUUAAAU